CUUACGCAUCUCGUUGUAUAAGAAACCACCUACAUGAAAAAUAACACCAGAGGAAAAUCAUUAACCAUAAAAAAAUACAGAAACAAUGUCUGAGUUUCUCCCGGAAGUGUUAGUCGUUGAGAUACUCGCAAGACUAUCCAUGAAGGAUCUGGCUCGAUACAGAUGCGUAUGCAAGACAUGGAGAUCUCUCAUCAACCACCGUGGCUUUGCAGAAAGGUACCGGGACAUUUCUCCGGUCAGGUUCGUGUCAUUUUACGACAAGGGUUUCUACUUGCUUGACGUGGAGGGGGAGAAUUUAGUUAUCAAAAAUCCACAUAAGCUUGAGUUUCCUUUGGAUGAGUCCAUGAUCGAUGAAUCCACAUGUCUACUUCAUUGUCAUGGGACGUUAUGUGUGACCUUAAAGAAUCACACAUUAAUCGUUUGGAAUCCAUAUUCCAACCAAUUCAAGAUCGUACCAAAUCCUGGUAUAUACCGUGAUUCAAACAUUCUUGGUUUCGGUUAUGAUACGCUUUCCAACGAUUACAAACUCGUAACGUUUAUCGACCAGCUUGGUUCCUCUACGGCGCAGGUUUUCGAAUUCAGAACCGGUUCUUGGAGAGGGAGUGUAACGAUUCCUAAUCCGGAUUGGCAUUACAGGGAGAGAGUAGGUACCUUCUUGGAUCAAUACCUCUAUUGGAUUGCCUACCGGUCUAGUAUCAACAGGUUCAUCCUAUGCUUUAAUCUCUCAACCUAUGAAUACCGGAAAUUAGAUCUCCCGGUUUACAACCAAGGUGUCACCUGUUCUUGGUUAGGCGUUACAAAAGAAAAGCUUUGCGUUAUAGAUUAUGUAACGUGCGAGAAGGAGAUUCGGAUUUCGGUUAUGGAGAAAACCGGAUCAUGGAACAAAAUCAUAAGCCUUUCAGUGUUGGACUUUAUCUAUGUGCAAGAUCGUAAAUGCGAUUAUCAAGUCGAGUUCGUGUCGUUUACGAGAAAGAACGACUUAUUCAUAACGUUCACUGGGUACUACGAUGAUUUCGAGACGGAAGCUGAAGAUCGUGAGAAGAAGGAGAUGUUCUUAUACAAAACCGGUGAUAAUACAAUCGAACAAGUCCGGUUAUGUAACUCUUUACCCGGGUUUCGGUUUCUUGGUGAAUAUGUGGAGACUCUUGUGCUUGUUGAUCGUAUCUUUAUUUGAACUAAGAAAACAACAUUAGCUUUGCUCAAUAUGAGAACAUAUAAUUAUCUAUGUGUUGCGCUACUGCACGGAUAUUAAACGUAUUAAAAUGGCAACUAGAGAAACUUAUACGUCUACGUAAUGUAAUGUACAGUUUUUCUCGAAA